CUCUUGUAUCAGGAAUAUCGAGAUAAAUCUACACGCCAGGAGAUUGAAACCAGACGACUGCAGGAUUCGCAGACAGACCCUGAGGAGAGUUCACCCAGCGAGGAAACCCCAUCUGAAGCAGAACCUACAAGUACAACCGAAAGCAAAGCUCCACCACAAAUCAGUUUGCUGAGGAACUCCAACUCCAGGUUCAACUUAUGGCAGGAUCUUCCUGAGAUCCGGAGCAGCGGGGUCCUCAGCAUCCUCCAGCCAGAUGAGAUCAAGCUGCAGGAGGCCAUGUUUGAGCUGGUUACUUCUGAAGCCUCGUAUUACAAGAGUCUGAAUCUGCUGGUGUCUCACUUCAUGGAGAACGAACGUCUGAAAAAGAUCUUACACCAGUCCGAGGCACACAUCCUCUUCUCCAAUGUCCUGGAUGUCAUGGCUGUUAGUGAGCGCUUCCUGUUGGACCUCGAGCAGCGGGUGGAGGAGAAUAUUGUGAUCUCGGAUGUGUGCGAUAUUGUCUACCAGCAUACAGUUAAUCACUUCUCAGUGUACAUCACCUACGUCUCCAACCAGACCUACCAGGAGAGAGCUUACAAGCAGCUUCUCCAGGACAAGCCAGCUUUCCGGGAAGUGAUCUCACAGCUGGAGCUGGAUCCCAAGUGCAAAGGCCUGUCCUUUUCUUCCUUCCUGAUUCUGCCAUUUCAAAGGAUCACUCGGCUCAAGCUGCUGGUGCAGAAUAUUUUGAAGAAAGUGGAAGAGAAGUCUGACAGGGAAACCACUGCCCUGGAUGCACAUAAAGAGCUGGAAACAGUGGUGAAAGCAUGUAAUGAAGGUGUCAGGAAGAUGAGUCGAACAGAGCAGAUGAUCAGCAUCCAGAAGAAACUGGAAUUCAAGAUCAAGUCUGUGCCCAUCAUCUCUCACUCCCGCUGGCUGCUGAAGCAGGGGGAAUUGCAGCAAAUGAACGGUCCAAAGACAUCACGAACACUUCGCACUAAGAAACUCUUCAGAGAAAUCUACUUGUUCCUUUUCAAUGAUCUGCUGGUAAUUUGCCGGCAAAUUCCUGGGGACAAGUACCAAGUGUUUGACUCGGCUCCCCGGGGGCUUCUUCGGGUAGAGGAGUUGGAAGACCAGGGGCAGAGCUUGGCCAACGUCUUCAUCUUGAGGCUGCUGGAGAAUGCAGAUGACCGGGAGGCCAGCUACAUGCUGAAGGCAUCGUCCCAGAGCGAAAUGAAGCGCUGGAUGAUUUCGCUGGCCCCGAACCGGAGAACCAAGUUCGUUUCAUUUACAUCCAGACUUGUUGACUGCCCGCAGAUCCAGUGUGUCCACCCAUACGUGGCCCAGCAGCCAGAUGAGCUGUCCUUAGAACUGGCUGACGUCCUCAACAUCCUGGACAAGACGGACGAUGGCUGGAUAUUUGGGGAGCGUCUUCACGACCAGGAGAGGGGCUGGUUCCCCAGUUCUAUGGGGGAGGAGAUCCUGAACCCCAAAAUCCGAGCCCAGAACUUGAAGGAGUGUUUCCGGGUGCACAAGUCGGACGACAGUCAGCGGAGGAAACUGGGCAGCAGAAACCGCCAAUGACCGCUGACGUCCCCGGGCGUCUGGAGUCCCUCUGGGAGAGGGGCAGAGGACAGAGGCUGCCAGCUGGGAGGAUGUGGCGGUGGUGCUGUGGGCCAUGGUGCAGGACCUGGUGUGCUGGACCAGGCACAUGCACACCCCUGAACAAACAGACUGUAGUUCCUGGGCUCCCCGCCAUGCUUCCUGCGGCACUGAUCCUUUCCUAGAGAUCAGUGCUUCGAACUGGCUAAAAUAACCUCUUUCCACGUGUUCCGUAAAGCCCCAAAGAGCACGAGCCGAACAGACACAGCCCAAAGGCCACGGGGUGCUGGCCAACUGAC